AUGCAGGGGUCUCCCCAGGUGCAAGCCGUGAGGUUGAUCGCCGAGGGCAAAGCCCCCAGACUCCCUCAGCCCGAGGAAGGAGCCUCCUACGAAGGCAUUCAGAAGAAAGAAACAGCUAGGAUCAACUGGGACCAGCCCGCCGAGGCCAUUCACAAUUGGAUCCGUGGGAAUGACAAGGUGCCCGGUGCCUGGACAGAGGCCUGUGGACAGACAUUGACCUUUUUCAACUCAACAUUGAACACCUCCGGCUUGGUCCCUGAGGGGGAAGUUUUGGACAUCCCUGGGGCCCAUCGGCCAGGCCUGGUCACCAAGGCGGGACUCAUUCUCUUCGGGAAUGAUGACAGAAUGCUGCUGGUGAAGAACAUCCAGUUUGAGGAUGGUAAGAUGAUCCCGGCCUCGCAGUUCUUCAAAGGAGCAGCCAGCAGUGCCCUGGAGCUGACGGAGGCAGAGCUGGUCACUGCCGAGGCUGUGCGGAGUGCUUGGAAACGGAUCCUCCCCAGAGUCUCAGAGGUGGACGAUUCCACGGAUUUCUUCAAGUCGGGGGCCGCCUCAGUGGACGUGGUGAGGCUGGUGGAGGAGGUGAGAGAGCUGUGUGACGGGUUGGAGCUGGAGAACGAGGAUGUGUACAUGGCAACCGCCUUUGGGGACUUCAUCCAGCUGCUAGUCAGGAAGUUGCGCGGGGAGGACGACGAGGGUGACAGUGACAUCGACUACGUGGAAAAAUCGGUGAAAAAGCUGGAACUCCGCAUGCCCCACCAGCUCUUCAUCGGGGGGACGUUCGUGGAUGCCGAGGGAGGCCAGACCUAUGACACCAUCAACCCCACGGACGGCAGCGUCAUCUGCCAGGUGUCCCUGGCCCAGGUCAGCGACGUGGAUAAGGCAGUGGCUGCGGCCAAGGAUGCCUUUGAGAACGGGCGGUGGGGGAAGAUCAGCGCGCGGGACCGUGGCCGGCUCCUGUACAGACUGGCCGAUCUCAUGGAGCAGCAUCAGGAAGAGCUGGCCACCAUCGAGGCCCUGGACGCCGGCGCCGUGUACACGCUGGCCCUGAAGACCCACGUGGGCAUGUCUAUACAGACCUUCCGCUACUUCGCUGGCUGGUGUGACAAGAUCCAG